AGACAAUUUACUAGAACAGUCGCGAGGUAGAAAGUUGUAUGUCUCGGGUUGUGAGCAGAUAUAUAGCAAGCCUAUGUGUUAUGAUCAGUCUAUAAUUUCCCACACAUCGAACUAUCAAUAAAGCUUCCAUCAUAUCUACAAAAUUAUGGAAUCUCUUAUCGCAGUCCAAGGCCAGAAGGAAGAUCCCAGGCACUGGAAGACCAUGCGGAGAGAGAUCGAAAGAUGGUCUGCGAGCCACAGUAUGAAUUCUUGGACCACGGAAGCGGAAAGACGGCAGAAUGCAGAAACGUCGUUAUCCCAGCUCGGCAUCGACAUCACAAUGGACCCGGCACGCCACAACAUGCUGGCAAGACAGGUUGUAAGAUGGUCUUGGGAGGUCCAGAGUGUGCAGGGGUGUGGACCGAAGCUACAUCUGCCAUAUCAUCCAAUCCGCACCGCUUGGCUGUGGAUGGAAGAAUAUGGACCCGAUCUAUGGCCCGCAGAUGAGAAGAAACGAGGACGUCUUGACAAUUGGGCUCAAGACACAGAUUCCAGUUUUGUGCACCUGCGCGACCGCGCCGAAAUUCAGCAUCAAGAUAUCGAGCAGCGAGUGGAUAUUAUCGAGAACAUUCCACAGUUCUGCUUCAGCAAGGGCACUCUGCAUCCGUAUAAUUCGAUGUUUCAACAGGUGUUGCAGUAUUUCGCUGGUGUGUAUGCUGGUCUUUGGGGUGGUGUUGAUUACAAGACUUGCGAGAACCAGACUGCUGCUCAAUUGAUGGCGCAAUUCCUUGGAAUGAAGCCUUGGGUGCCGGAGCAGGCAUACCUCCCUUUGUUUUACAAGAUCGACGAGGAUUUCGAGAGUGAUUGUGGCCGUAGCUGUUGCAGCGACUGCAGCACUUGCAGCUGUGUCUCUUCCGAGGACAGUGUUGUAUUGAGACGUCGGAGCACCUCUUCGGUGUCGCUGGUAUAUCUCUCAGCUCGUGAGAUGCAGCUUGAGGAGCUACCAUCCAAGGCACAUUGGACUUGCUGAUGAACAAGUCGGAGGAUUCAAA